AUGGCCGGCAGGCGCUAUAACGGCGGCUUCGAGGGCUCGGGGCAGUACUCAUAUGAUCAAAACGGCGCUGGCCCGUCAUCCUACACGUCUCACCAACAACCGACUCGAAGACUACCAGCGAUUCAAAGCCUCUUCAUGCCUUCCGCACGUCAGCAACCCGAGCGCAUCGAGCCACCGCCGCCGUUGACCGGAGACCCCAACUUCGACAUCCUAGAUUGGUACCCAGCAUACCAGUCUUGCCAGCGCUUCUUCCUCGACCAUGCUCAACACGAGCAUGCGACCCAAGCCCUGUGCGCUCUUAUGAACAUCCGUCUACCUUUCCAGCACCUUACCAACCCUAUCACAUCCUCUCGACACGCUCCAGCAGGCUCCACCAACGGCAACACCAACAACUACGCCUUCACCUUCACCGGCUCCAACCUCAGCCCCGACGCCCGCCGCAAUGGCCAUUCCCCCUCGGCCACUGCAUCCCAACCUCCCGUCUUCAUCUCCCUAAUCCCCUACAUCCGCCGCCUGGUAGUAACCGGCUUCGACCGCGCCCCCAUCCUCCACGGCUUCUUCGGCGACGACUACACCCGCGGCAUCCUCCCCCACCUCGACUGCGAACGCCGCAACUACCUGUUCGCUACCAAAGCCGGCGGCUUUAGGAGCUGCAAGAAACAGUACGAUAAUGGCAGUGGACUAAGCGAUGGAACGGACGAGAGCGUGCCGUACAUGAGCCCGAUGGAAGACGCGAAGGUGGACGAGCUGAUGGCAGCGGAGAAGGGGUGGAGUAAGUGGUUGGCGAUGGAGGAUUGGAUGGUCGGGGAGCGGCGGCCUUCGGGUGAGGAGAGGGCUGAGAGGAGGGAAGAGGCGAUGGGGGGGAGGUAUACUGGGAGUGGUAUUGGGGGAAGCGAGAACUUGCCGGAUGGGGUUGGAGACGCUUUCAGAGGGGGUAGCUAG